CACCGUAAAAAAUGAAUUUGCAAACUACUGUCCAGAAAACGCACUUUCCCUUUCCUUGUUCCUUUGCGACGUUCCCUCCGGCUCCAUCUCUCACAGAAUAGAAUCAAAACAAUCAUCUCCUCUUUUGCAGAAAUCAUUCGUUUACUUUUCACUAUUAGAUAAAUAAAUGUUGCAUCUUUCAUCUUCUCCAACCUUAUCAUCUUUAACUUACCCCAACAACAACCUACAUCAUACUCCUCGUUGUUACUCAACAAAAUUUUCUGUUCGUUGUUCACUUCCAAAUGGAGAUAAUAAACUGGAAUAUACUCCUUGGCUUGUUGUUGGCUUGGGUAACCCUGGAAAUAAAUACCAUGCCACUAGACACAAUGUUGGAUUUGAAAUAAUUGAUAGUCUUUCUCAAUCACAAGGUAUUCUGAUGAAUACAAUACAGUCAAAGGCCUUGAUUGGAAUAGGUUCUAUAGGAGAAGUACCAGUUUUGUUGGCGAAACCUCAAACAUACAUGAAUUUUAGCGGGGAAUCGGUUGGGCCACUUGCUGCAUAUUAUCGAGUGCCCUUGCGCCAUAUUCUAGUGGUUUAUGAUGAAACUAGCCUUCCAAGCGGUGUUUUAAAGCUUCAACCUAAAGGUGGACAUGGGCAUCACAACGGAUUGAAAAAUGUGAUUGGCCAUUUGGAUGGUUCCCGUGAUUUUCCUCGACUUGCAAUCGGAAUUGGAAAUCCUCCUGGAACUAUGGAUUUAAGAGCAUUUCUUCUACAAAAAUUCAGUUCGGUGGAAAGAAAGCAGGUUGAUGAGUCAUUGGAGCAGGGAGUUCAAGCUGUUAGGACCUUAGUGCUCAAUGGGUUUAACCAUCAUGUCAAUAGAUUCAAUUUAGGGCAAAAAUACAAGUACAAUAGAGUUUAAUGUUUCUCAAAUGUACCACUAGUUUUUGGUUAAUUGAUGAAAUCCAUGGUUACCUGGACUAAUAUGUUAAUUCGUGCAAUGUUCACUCUCCCUCACAUGGCUCUAGCAGAUAAUUGCUUCAUGAUAAGGAAAUUAAGCAGUUAGGAGUUAGGACUAAUCUACGAAAUUAGUACCAUAUGCUGGAAGGCAACUUUUUCUCU